GCGCCAUGACCCGGAUGAACUUCUGUUCAACUUUAUAUCCCACAAUUCCUUUCUGCUUCUUCCUCUUUCCCUACUGCAGCCAUGUCUAAGAGAGGACGUGGUGGUUCAUCUGGAGCCAAGUUCCGCAUCUCGCUGGGUCUCCCAGUGGGAGCGGUUAUCAACUGUGCUGACAACACAGGUGCCAAGAACCUGUACAUCAUCUCUGUCAAGGGCAUCAAGGGACGUCUGAACCGUCUGCCUGCUGCAGGAGUGGGUGACAUGGUCAUGGCCACAGUGAAGAAAGGCAAGCCAGAGCUCAGGAAGAAGGUGCAUCCUGCGGUGGUGAUACGGCAGCGGAAGUCGUAUCGGCGAAAAGACGGCGUGUUUCUCUACUUUGAAGACAACGCAGGUGUCAUAGUGAACAACAAAGGAGAAAUGAAAGGUUCAGCCAUCACAGGUCCGGUUGCUAAAGAAUGCGCUGACCUGUGGCCCAGGAUCGCCUCCAACGCCGGCAGCAUAGCCUGAGCUGGACCUGUUUGUUUUCAAUAAACUGUUGUUAAUCAAA